CCUCUCUAUCACACUCACAAUGCAAUCUGUCGCUGUAUAUUUUUGAUUGCAUGCAUCACCUUGACCUCCAUGGUCCCUUAAUCACUGAUUUUUUCUGGUCUUUCCUGAGCCUGGUCGCAAUGCGAAAGCUGCUUCUUCUGUCAAGUUCCUCCUACCACGGAGCUGAAGGGUUCCUAGGAUGGUGCGGUGAUCUUCUUACAGAGUUCCUCGGGAAGGAGGUUUCUCGUGUGUUAUUCGUGCCAUAUGCCUUGUUCGACUACAAUGAGUACACUAAGACUGUGCGAGACCGGCUAAAGCAGCUCGGCUAUGAGGUGGAUGGCAUACACGAGCUGGAGAACCCGCUGCAGGCCGUGGAGCAGGCUCAGGCCAUCUUCGUCGGCGGCGGCAACAGCUUCCGGCUACUGAAGACGAUGUACGACCACCGGCUGGUGGACGCCGUCCGCAAGCGUGUGCUGCAGGACGGCAUGCCGUACAUCGGCUCCAGCGCCGGCACCAACCUCUCCACGGUGAGCAUCUGCACCACCAACGACAUGCCGAUCGUGCACCCGCCGACGUUCGAGGCGCUGGCCCUGGUGCCGUUCAACAUCAACCCGCACUACAUCGACCCCGAUCCCAGCAGCACGCACAUGGGCGAGACGCGAGAGAAGCGCAUCAGAGAGUACCACAUGUACGCCGACCGGCCGCCCGUGCUUGGUCUCAGGGAGGGCAGUGCGCUCCUGGUACUCGGGGACAAGGCUGUGCUGAAGGGUCCGACAGGCGCGAAGCUGUUCAAGCCCAAGGAAGAAGCUGAGGUGUUUGAGUCUGGGUCCGAUGUGAGCUUCUUGUUGAAGUGAAUCGAUGUCGAUGUGAUGAGUCGAUUGGUCAUAAAUGAAAUAGGGAUCAUGAUUCAUGAUUGUUCAAUAUGUUCAAGUUCAUAGUAAAUGUCACCUGAUAUUGCUGAAUCAAAGUCGAUUUUUAUUCCAGUCUUGAGUAUUAUCAGAAAAUGGCUGAGUUAACAACAAAUGGUACAAUCGACAUGGUUGGAUGGGCGCCUUGGGUAUGGUAAGCAGUAAGGGUAAUGGUAAAGAUGUGAUUCUGUACUGGGUUGUGCGUUUUCCGAGUCUCAUACAGCCAUGCGCGAAAGUGUCAAACGUGGUUUCGUGAUCGAAUGUCAAGAUUUUGUUUUCAUUCAGGUGCUAUAUAGGUACCGGCCGUUUUUAUGCACGCGAGCACAUAGUUAUUAUUGCUGGCUGUUUCCUUGUUAUCGUUGAAUACGAUCGGCAACAUUACUUACCUACUCACUGUGGAUGCUUAACAAUAAAGGGAUGAUUUGCUGU